AUGUCCCAAAUCAUGAUGACGACAGACGGCCCAACCGAAGACCGUUCAGAAAUUACUAGCGAUUCGUUUCCUUCCCAGGCAUCAAUCGAGACCAAGACAGCGCUCGCCAUUACAUACCUUAAAGAUCACUCAGACCCCUUCAUCUCCGCUCAGUCUCCUACCUGGGCCACAGACACUGCAGCCUACAACCUCCGGCUACCGGCGACACCAGCUCUUCUGGUCUAUGCUCGAACAGUCAAGCAUGUCCAGGAUGCGGUUGAGUGUGGCAUGGCAGUUGCCCUGAAGGUCAGUGCCCGCAGCGGUGGUCAUUCAUACACGUCUCUGGGACUCGGAGGAGAAAACGGCCACCUGGUCGUGGACCUGACCCACAUGAACAGUAUUUCUGUCGAUGCAAACAACCACGUCGCCACCAUCGGGGCCGGCGCCCGUCUCGGAGACGUAGCCCGUGAGCUCUUUGACAACGGCGGGCGGGCCAUCAGUCAUGGGAGCUGCCCGGCUGUCGGCCUGUCCGGCCAUAUCUUGCACGGUGGCUACGGAUGGGCGUCGCAUAGCCACGGGCUGACCCUCGACUGGAUGGUCGGUGCCGACGUUGUGCUCGCGAACGGAACGCACGUCCACUGCUCCCAGAGGGAGAACUCGGAUCUGUUCUGGGCGCUCCGGGGUGCCGGCUCCAACUUCGGAAUCGUCACUUCGUACGAGCUUGCGACCUUUGCGGCGCCCGCUGUUUCGGUUCCGUUCAGAGUGUCGCUGGAUUGGGGUACUGAACGUCAGAAGAUGGACGGGGUCACGGCUUUGGUCGAGUUUGCUCGGGACAUGCCUGCUGAUCUGAACAUGCGAUUGAUGAUACACGAUGUGGGAGACCAUGGCCUGGACGGCGUGUACUACGGGAACACGAGUAAUUUAUCCAGAAUCUUGAGCCCAUUGCUCGAAAAACUGGGAGGUACUUUGAAGAUGCACCCAGGCACGUGGGUCCAAGGUCUGGAGCACUACGCCGAGAGAAAUUGUUUGACUCCCAGCACCAAUGAGCACGGCAGCUUCUAUGCCACAAGUCUCACGCUGAAGGACCUCAGUGGCGAUUCACUGGCCAGUUUCGUCCGUUAUUGGCACAGGGAUGCCGUUGCCCUCAGCACAAGCGGCUGGUUCGUGCAACUGGACAUACACGGCGGCGUCAACUCUGCAGUAUCAGCUGUCCCAAACUCGGCCACGGCUUACGCGCAUCGCGACAAGACUUUUCUCAUCCAGUUUUAUCAUUUCGCUGACAACGACGAUGCGUAUUACCCAACAAGCGGCAUUGACAUCCUCCAGAACUGGAUUAAGGCCACAACUGCAACACUACAGGAGGGUGACUAUGGAAUGUACAUCAACUACAGUGACUCGCAGCUGGACCGCGGCACAGCACAGACCCUGUAUUGGGCAGACAAUCUGGAACGCUUGAGGCUUAUAAAGAAGAUGUACGACCCAGAAGAGCUGUUUUACCACCCUCAGUCGAUCGAGCCCGCAGAAUCAAGGUGA